GCAGGCGGGUUCGUGGUCCCACCCCUUGCUUGGUCCCCUCUGACUGUCCUUUGGAGCUGCUAGGCCGCGCGCGGGUCUGGAGGAGGGAGAGCUGGGGACGUAGGGAGGCACGGCCUGUCGGGACGCCCUGCGAGCUAGCGAGCGAGCUGGGGCCGAGGCCUAGAGGAGACCGCACCGCCCUGUGACCGAACCCGCGGCCGCGAUGUCCAAGGACUGGGACAAGGAUGUGUACCCGGAGCCGCCGCGCCGCACUCCGGCGCCUGACCCGAUCACGUCGCUGCCGAACCCGGUCACUAUACUGACGGACGCCUUCAACUUCGUCAUAGACCUGCCCGUCACCCGCUUCCGAGAAUUUAUAGAGCAACAACAUGCAAAAAAUAAGACCUAUUACUAUCAUCGGCAGUACCGCCGAGUGCCAGACAUAACAGAGUGCCAGCAAGGGGAUAUUCUCUGUAUAUUUGAAGCAGAAAUGCAGUGGAAAAGAGACUACAAAGUUGAUCAAGAAAUUGUUAACAUUGUCCAGGAAAGACUGAAGGCCUGUCAGCAGAGAGAAGGAUAUAGCUACAAACAGAACUGUAUGAAAGAGCUCAACCAGUUCUAUGAGGUUGCAAAAGCUUUUCAGGAUCGAUAUUAUGAACUCGGAGCCAAUUCAUCUGCUAGGAAAUGUCUUGCAAAGCAGAAGCAACGGAUGCUUGCUGAGCGUAAAGCUGCCAAGGAGGCAGCUGCAGCCUGACUUCUCAAAUUGAUAGGAUCCAAGAAUUGUUUUCUGUGAUCCCUAUUCGUCCCAAUAAAGUCUUUGCAGUUCCA